CGCCGCCCACCGCCCGCCGCCAUGUCCUCCGGGGCCAGCGUGUACGCCCUGCAGCGCCUGGUGGAGCAGCUCAAGCUGGAGGCCGGCGUGGAGAGGAUCAAGGUCUCACAGGCGGCUGCCGAGCUCCAGCAGUACUGCAUGCAGAAUGCCUGCAAGGAUGCCCUGCUGGUCGGAGUUCCAGCGGGCAGCAACCCCUUCCGGGAGCCCAGAUCCUGUGCUUUACUCUGAAGACUGGAAAGAAGUUCGCUAAGAGCCUUCAGGCACAAGUGAUGAAUGACUGCCUCCAAGUCUCACGGAAACAUUUUUCUCUAACCAAAUGACUUCCCUAUUCAGACCUUCCCGGUGGCCUGGUCCUAUAGCCAAAAUUCUACAGAAAUUGAUGAGUUUCAACUCAAAUUAGGAAACUGGGUGAAGGAGAAGACUUUUAAAUAAUAAUGGCCUGGUUUGUUUGGUGAAGUGCUUUAUACUUAAGACAAACAAAAACCCUACCACCAAAUAUACAAAAAUGCACCUCUUUCAUAAGUGAAUUAUUAGUGUUUCUAGACCUGAAAUAUUAUAUAUGUUUUAUUUACUGGAUGUUUACAUUUUGGGAAGGAAAACAUUUUUAUUAAAAAAUUGAAUAUUUGUAAUUUGUUGUUCUUAAGAUUUUUACACCAUAACAAAAUAUGUCCUUUUCUCAUGAAUUUAUAAUUUCAAAAUGAAGGCAAGACAGUGUAAAAUUGGGGGAAAGAACAGACUUUAUUAAUCAAGUGAUGUCUUGAUUUUUGUGAGAAGACUGUUUUAUUUUUAACACUAAAUAUGGAAGCUGUUAGCAAACUUGUUUGGAAAGAUUAAUGUGUUGUGUAUUAGAUCUCCCCGUUUUGUGUAUGUCAGAGAUCUGAUCUUUGUCUUCUUAAGUUCCUCUACUUCAUAGUUGUGGUUAUACUUAAAAAAAAUCACUACAUUAUUUCAUAGCUUUCAAAUAUGUUUAAAAUGUGACUUACAGAAUAUUGCAAGUGAUUAAAAGCAAAGCAAUGUGAAAAUCUUACAAGCUAAAUGGAUUCUUAAUGUCAUAAGUGUUUUUCCUUGAUGGUGUGCCUUUGACUUAAUUUGAGACACUUUAAAAUGGAUAUUUUAUUUGUGUUUGUAAUAAUUUUUGAAGAGCUUGGAAAUAAAAUUUCUGCUUAACUCAU